UUUUCAAAAAAAUUUGGUAAUUUUUUAUCAGUAAUUUUAAGUUAAUCAAUCUUCAAAGUUACAGAAGUUGAGAUCAUUAAGAACGAUUCUACAUGUGAACUAAUCAUUAUAAAUAACCAUGUCUGUUCAUGUUUUUAACAAUAACGUCAAAUUAUUUAGAAACCGUGGUCUGCCACUUACUGUUUCAUCAUUACAUUUUAGCAGUGAGUCCUUAGAACCGCAUGUUAUAAAAAAUCCUGCACUUUCACAAUUAAAAAGAGGUACUGGUGGUCGUUCUAGUUUCAAUGGAGUAGUUGCAACAGUUUUUGGAGCUUCUGGAUUUCUUGGCGGUAAUUUAGUUAAUCGCUUAGGCAAAUGUGGAACUCAAAUGAUAAUUCCAUAUCGGGGUGAUGCAUACUUUGUUAAAGAUCUUAAACUAACUGGUGAUUUGGGCCAAGUUCUUUUCCAGCCUUAUCAUUUACAAGAUGAUGAAUCUAUUAGAAAAGCUGUGAAGUAUUCAAAUGUUGUUAUUAACUUAAUUGGACGAGAUUGGGAAACAAAAAAUUUUAAAUUUAAUGAUGUUCAUGUAGAAGGUGCUAGGCGCAUAGCACGUAUAAGCCGUGAAAUGGGAGUAGAACGACUCAUUCAUGUAUCAGCUCUUAAUACUGAUCCUUUACCUGAACCAAUUUAUCUAAAAAAAGGCUCAAGCUUUUUGACAUCAAAAAAAUUAGGUGAACAGUUAGUACUUGAAGAAUUUCCUGAUGCAACAAUUUUUCGUCCAUCUGAUAUAUAUGGCCAAGGUGAUAGAUUUUUAUUAAUGUACAGUCAUGCAUGGCGCCGAAGUAUGCAACAAAUUGUUCUUUGGAAAAAAGGAGAACAAACUGUAAAACAACCAGUUGCUGUUGCUGAUGUUGCUGCUGCUAUUACAAAUGCUGUGUUAGAUCGCUCUACGGCUGGAAAAAUAUAUCAAGCUGUUGGUCCAACACCUUAUUUGUUAGCUGAUUUGGUUGAUUGGAUAUUUGCUAUAUGUCGUCGUACAAAAGAAUUUAAUUAUGACUAUAAACGAACAGGUAUCUUAGGAAAUCCUCAACAUUUAAUAAAAAUGUGGUUAACAGAUAAAUUUUGCCCAAGUUGGCCUCCAGGUUUUGUUACAGCAGAACGUUUUGAAAGGGAAUUCGUUUCUGAUGUAGUUAAUGAAAAAUUACCAACAUUGGAAGAUUUGGGUGUUACAUUGACUAAUCCUGAAAAGCAAAUACCUCAUGAAUUAAAAUAUUUGAAGGCGUUCCAAUACUACAUUGAAACAAUGGGAGAAAUUGAAGACCCUAUUCCACCUCCAGCAUAUGUACUAUCACCAAAAAAUAACUUCUUGUAGACAUAAAUUAAAAUGAAAAACCAUCUGAAGAACGUGUUUGCCGUAUAGGUCCUAGAUACCUGUUCCACCAGUCUGUAUCUAUAAUAACAAACAUAAUAUUUAAUGUACAACUACAUAAAACAUUUUGUUAAAAAAUAUUACGUGCAUAUUAAUUUUGUUUGUUGUUAUUAUUUUUAUUGUAUAAUAUUUUGGUCAUAAGUUACAUGUUCAAGUGGCAAACAGAAAUUUUUGAUCAUUUCAAUAAACUUAGUUAAAACAA